AUGUAUGCCACAGCAGCAAAGAAGAGAGAAGUAAAUGCCACAACUGCGGAGAAGUGCUCCCAAACGGCGCUGCAGAACUGCACAACUGCACCCCGAAAUGCAAGCUCUGCGAGGGCAAUCACCCCACGGGCGACCGUUCAUGCAGACAAAGACUUCACAUCCCAUACGUCGUGCGAAGACACUGUAGAAGAAAACGAAACUGCUCCGACAGAGAUGCCAACCCGUGCGAGGUCAAUGACCAAGCAGCCGUGCAGCAGGAUCCGGCAGGUGGCUCCAUCCCCAAGCAGCGCUCCCACUCCAGAGGGCGCUCUCAAUCCAGAGGGCGCUCUCAGUGCAGAGGACGCUCCCAAUCCAGAGGGCGCUCCCAAUCCAGAGGGCGCUGCCAAUCUAGAGGACGCUCCCGUUCCAGGGGCCGAUCCCGGUCGAGAUCCAGCUCCAGGUGGCCCGGCAAGAUCCUAG